AAGAACUCGGGGAUCAAGGGCUAGGGCCAGACGAGGGUCCGAUGACCGCGUCGCCCCGCCCCACGCUGUCAGCGCCUGUCCCCUGCCCUGGUCUGGCAUUGUUGGGCGGUGAGGUCAGGCGAGGCUUGCCGGUGCGUAGACGGGGCGUCCAUCCGGUGCAGGUUCUCGGGGACUGAGCGCCCCACCCGCCUGGUUCUCGCUGGGCUACCCACCACCCUUCAGAAUGGCCAACAGGGGACCUGCCUAUGGUCUGAGCCGGGAGGUACAGCAGAAGAUCGAGAAACAGUAUGAUAUGGACCUAGAGCAGAUCUUGAUCCAGUGGAUCACCACCCAGUGCCGCAAGGAUGUGGGCCGGCCUCAGCCUGGACGUGAGAACUUCCAGAACUGGCUCAAGGAUGGCACGGUGCUGUGUGAGCUUAUUAAUGGACUGUAUCCUGAGGGCAAGGCCCCAGUGAAGAAGAUCCAGUCCUCCACCAUGGCCUUCAAGCAGAUGGAGCAGAUCUCUCAGUUCCUGCAAGCAGCCGAACGCUACGGCAUCAACACCACCGACAUCUUCCAGACUGUGGACCUUUGGGAAGGGAAGAACAUGGCUUGUGUACAGCGGACACUGAUGAACCUGGGUGGACUGGCGGUAGCCCGGAAUGAUGGCCUCUUCUCUGGGGAUCCCAACUGGUUUCCUAAGAAAUCCAAGGAGAACCCCCGGAACUUCUCAGAUGACCAGCUGCAAGAGGGCAAGAACGUGAUCGGGUUACAGAUGGGCACCAACCGUGGGGCAUCUCAGGCGGGCAUGACUGGCUAUGGGAUGCCACGCCAGAUCCUCUGAUCCUGCUCCCAUCCCACUCCUGCCCUCCCAUGAAUGGUUAAUAUAUAUAUGUGUGUGUGUGUGUGUUUUAGCAGUCACAUUCCCUGACACUCCCUGGAGUCCUCAAGCUCCUCUCUGCCAGGGUGGGGGCCUGGCCCAUCCUAUCAUCUCUGGGGGUGCGCAAUGGGGGCCUCUCCCCCAUGCUUACUAGUACAUUCUCUUCUCCAAAUCCACCCAGACUGGACCAAUGGGCCUCUUCUUUUUCCCUGGGACCAAAAUUUGGGGGCCUCACCCCCCACCCAAUUCCUCUUUUCUUUCCCUUUGGCCUCUCUUCCCCAGGCUCUGUGCCCUCAAUCCAUUCCUUGGCUGGGGUUUACAGAUGUUGCCUUCUGAACUUCUGAUGCAAAGUGGCCUUCCUUCUGCCUCCCCCACAGCUGUGGCUGCAGGGACUUAAUUUAUAGGGAGCGGCCUGUGGCAGCUGCCACCCUAGCCACAGCUGGACUGCGCUCACCACACAUCUGGGCCAGCCUUCCUUAGUGGAGGCCCUCUCAGCUUCUCAUUUUCCAUUCCCCUUGCUGUGGCUAAGGGAUAGGGAUGAGGAGGGAGGGCUGUCCUCCAGGGCCUGGGGCUAGAGGAAUGUGAGUUUUGCUGAUUCAAAUAAAGAAUCCCAGUCUUUUUUUUGGAUA